AUGGCCGAUGUCGAGGAACCCAAGUUCAACACUCUCGCUGAGAGAAUCGCCGCCUUGAAUUCCCAGAAAAACUUCCAGGCGCCAGCAGAGACCAAGACCAAGAGGCCGCCUCCUCCACCGCCGCCGAAUCGCCCUGCAGCUCGAAGCCAGACACUGCCCGUUGUUCACACCAACGGACAGCCGACUCCUCAAAAGAGCCCGACGAUUCCUCCUCGCCCGACCAAAGCAGCAGCUGCAAAGCCCGGCCCACCUCCUCUCCCGCGUCGAACCACCGAUUCCUCCCAAGUCGAGCUGUCGACAUCACCAGCUCCCAGGGACCGAAUUGCGCCUCCCCCUCUCCCUACCCGCUCUAGCACCCAAAACAUCUCACCCGCUCUGCCCCCUCGGAGGCCUUCAACCCAGCAGUUGGAAGUCCGUCGCAACUCCAACGCCUCUGAAAUUUCUAACCUUUCGUCCUUGUCUCUGAACCAGACAAUAUCGUCAGCUACCAGUUUUACGUCUGAUGGACCCGGACGAAAGCUGCCGCCUGCGUUUGACCAAGCCAGUUUACCAGCAUUGCCACCCACAAAACGGGAGCGGGAGGCUCAAGCAAGAGAAGCUGCCGCUCGGGACCCUCCUCAAGCCAAAUACCCCCUCGUUUCCAUAAAGUCAGCUCCAGUCGUCCGACAAAUCGAGGCGCCGCAAAGACCUGCGUUGCCCCCGCGUCUGACGUCCAAGUCAACCAACCAGCAAGUUCAACCACAGGCUUUGGAGGAAGAGGCGCCAGCGAAACCGAGGCGACUACCACCUGCCCCGGCAGCAUAUGUCAAGCCGCAGCCACAGGCAAAUGGCCAUGUCCAGGAGCAACAGAGAAACAUCCCACCUUUGCCCACUAGGCGACCAGGUGCUGCAGAUGAUGCACCUCCUCCGGUACCCGUCAGUUCGCGACCCAGCGUAGCACAAAUCGAAGCUGUAGAAGCCAAGAUUGUGGCCCGCGCCAAUGACUGCUUGAUAUGUCGCGACUUCUCUGGUCCAGAUGGUGUUGCAGCUCAGUACCCGAGACAAUCUGUGCCGAGGAACGACCCAGUGGGUUACCUAGCCCAAGUACUUUGCGGCCCCUUCUCGUCCCACACCGACAAGGCUAGAGCCAUCUUCACCUGGUUCCACCACAAUAUCGCCUACGACUGCGCCGCUUUCUUCGGCAACAACGUCAGAGCGCAGGGCGGAGCCGAGACCAUUCUUAAGGGCAGGGCUGUUUGCGCCGGCUAUGCGGAUACGUACAAGGAGAUUGCCAACCGCGCAGGUCUCGAAUGUAUUACCGUUGGAGGACAUGGAAAAGGUUACGGGUACACGGCCUUGAAGAAGGGGGAGCGUCCUCCGCCUAAGAAGGCCGACGGCCAUGCUUGGAACGCUGUGCGCAUCGACGGCGGGGAGUGGAAGCUCCUCGAUGCUUGUUGGGGUGCCGGAAAUGUCUCUGAUGUGACGAAGGAGUUUACUCCUGACUUCAAGCCACACGAGUUCACGAGAAGAAACGACAUCUUUGGUCUCAGUCACUACCCGUCAGACAACAGGCAUUUCUUCCGUCCUGACGGUAGAGUACCAAGUUGGGAGGAGUACUAUAUUGGCCCCGUUCAUGGCGACACUCCCGUCGUCUACAACAAUUGCCAUGAGGAGGGUAUCUGGGACAAGUCCAUUCAGCCUGCGGAGCUCCAGAUUCCAGUGUAUAGCGGCAAGGUGGUUCGCUUCCAGUUUUCCAAGAUUUGCGAGCAUUGGACUUCGGAGAAGCACGGCUUGGGUAAGCCACCAUUGCUCCUGCUGAGCAUCAAUGGGCGUGAUGGUCGCAAGCAGGACAUGGUUCCCAUCGAGACUGAUGGAUUCUGGCAUUGGGCGGAUGUCAAUGCAAUCGACCUCGGCGCACCGGGUGGCAGCAUCAGUGUCGUCAUGAUCACCACAAUUGACGGGCGCGAUGCCAGAGGUGUGACAGCGAAGGAGUACUUCUCGAAGAAGGGGAAGGUCGGCAUGAGCUGGACCGGUAUCAUGAAAUGGGACCUCAUCUGA